AUGGACGAAGAAAGAAAGCUCCCGCCUGGCACGGUUCGCCUGGUCGACAUCGAUCAUACAUUGAACACAAAGCAUGCGAAUGGCGCCGAUCAGGACAUCGUCCUGCACCCAAAACCAUCAGAGGAUCCCGAAGAUCCCUUGAACUGGUCCUUCAGAAGAAAAAUGCUGUCGACGAGCUGCAUUAUAAUGUACACUUUGAUGAUCGCGAUCCCUUCUGGAUCGGUGUAUUCGGUCGUCAAGCCCAUUCAAGCUGCUACUGGUCUCGAGCUUAACGAUCUGAACACCGGCACUGGUGUCAUGUUCUUGGCCUACGGCUGGGCAUGUCUCAUUUGGCAGCCUCUUGCACUUCAGUAUGGGAAGAGGCCAGCUUAUCUGUUCUCCAUGAUCACUUCGGUCGCUGUCAUGGCCGCCGCACCGCUCUGCACGACGAGAGGCACCUACCUCAUGAACAAAGUGUUGCAGGGCUUCUUUGGUGCCCCGGUCGAGGCGCUUUGCGAAAUUUCCAUCACCGACAUCUGGUUUGCUCAUGAACGGCCGAAGUAUCUGGCCUGGUAUGGCUUCUCACUUUCAGUGUCGGCAAAGAUUGCGCCAAUGCUUGCCGGUUUCAUAAACGACGGGCAGGACUGGCGGUGGGUGCUGUGGUGGACCGCCAUAUGGAUUGGUAUUGCUUUCGUCUAUUGUUUCUUCUUGAUGGAAGAAACCAACUACGAUCGAUCGCAUCAAAAUGCACAUGCUGCAGUCCCCGGACUUGUUGACUCCGCUGGCUAUCUUGCAUCCAACUCGCCUGGCAAAGAAAAAUCUGAGACGUCGAACGAUAUCGACUCCACGUCCGAGGUAGAGGCCGGCCAAAUCUAUCCCCGGAAAAGCUACUGGCAGAAACUUGGCAUCGUCGACAAGAAACGUCCAAACCGCAUGAUGGAUAUCUUCUGGGCUCCUUUCAAAGGCUUCACUUAUCCUUGUAUAGUGUACGCUGGUCUCAUGUACGGCGCUAAUGCUCUUGUAUGGUCUGGUGUGCAGAAUGCGACCACCGGUACAGUAUACACAGCUCGAUACGGUUUCUCAACUUCAGGAGUCGCGGCUGCAUACUCCGCUGGUAUCAUCGGAGCCAUCAUCGGCGGAUACUACUGCGGCAAGAUGGGCAGAGAGCUUACCAUUCGCCUUGCUCGCCGUCGAGGUGGUAUUUCUGAGCCCGAAGACACAUUGUACAUGUUCGUUGCCUCGAUGAUCUUGGUCCCUUUUGCAAUGCUGCUCUACGGACUGGGCGUGACUUACCAUGUGCAUUGGUUCGCUCUGGUUUUCUCGCAAGGAGCGCUCGCCGUCUCCAAUUGUCUCUGCGUUGCAGGUGGUCUUGGGUAUGCCAUCAGCUGCUACAGAGAGUUGAGCGGGGACAUGGUCACGACGCUCAUCCUAAUUCGUAAUACGAUGAGCUUUGCAGUGAAUUAUGGCAUCACACCUUGGCUCACCGCUAUGGGCUAUCGAAAUACCUUCAUAAUGGUGGCGGCGAUCGGCUUUGCUUGGAACGCUUCGCUGUUCGUCAUGGUCCGACUAGGUCCGAAGCUGCGAGCUUCCAGUGCAGAGCGAUAUUGGAGAGAUGUUGCAAAGGCCAGGGCUAAAGGAUUGAGCCAUUGA